GCUAGGUUCCCUGUUAGCAUGGGUUUCUGGAAUCACUGAUCGAACACUAACAACAUCAUGUCGGACACGUCCAUUAAUGGUAUCAAUUCAAACAGUAAUCAAAUUGUUUACAAUAUUCAGGUUUAUGACAGUGACUUGUGUUGUCCUGUCUAUUUCGAAGAAUUCGAAGAGCCCAAAGCUUUAACAAAAUGCCUCCACAAUAUCUGUAGGAAAUGCUUGGAAGACAUUGUUAACACGAAUCAUUACUGGAGGUACAUUGAGUGCCCGAUAUGUCGGAGUAAAUCAAACCUUCCUCGAGGCGGUGUUAACAAGCUACCAACCCAUCACUUCAUACAAAGAUUAAUCGAUGGCAUUCCAGGAAGAAAAGAGAAAAAAGCUUUGAAAAGCAUGAUUGAGAAGUUCGAAGAAAAUAUCCUUAAAUAUAAACAAAUGCUUGUGGAAGCUCAAGAUUCGCUACAUGAUGCAUCGAAGAAAGCAGACGAAGAGGCUAAUCGCUUAAAGACCGAAAUAUCAACGCAUGCCAAAAGGGUUACGGAAAUAAUUCAAGAAAACGCAAUGGAUUUGUGCUCUGAAGUAGAUGAGCUAUGCAAAGAGGCUUACAAAAUCUCUGAAAUUGAGGAUCAUGAGAAAAGAAUGAGCUCUUUAUUGGACGAAUCUGUAGCAAGUUUAUUACAAGCACAGGAUAUCCUGAAACAAAGCCUCACGAUUGAGAUACUCGACCAAACACCAGUGAUGCUUGAUAGAGCACGAAAUAUUGCUCGCUCUGUCGAUGCCCUUGAGCUGUGGUUUUCCAAUUUUGACUCGUAUGGCUCACACCGAUUAGUAUUCAUUGAGAAUAUAGACUUAUCAACUGGUGAAAGUAUUUUAGGUGAGCUUCAAGAUGAAAAUUAUUCUCUCUCAGAAGACGCAAUACUGGUAUCCAAGACGUGUACAAAUUGCCGGAAAAUUGAAAGAAAGGGAAUGAAAAGAAUGAGACGGCUAAGAAAGAAAGAAAAAUGCAGACAAAAGGCAGAACUCCGAAAGGAGUUCAUAUCAAGGGAACAUAAAACCAUUCACUGACAACAUUUUCGCAUCGGCACUGCAUGGAAUUGUAACAACACGCAACAAGAACCAAAAAGAUGGAUUAAGAAUUAAAGACAAAAAAGAUCUUUCUGCGUCGUUUCUCGGUACGUCAAUAAUCUAGUACGUGAGGAUUUCAAACUUGAACUUGAGCAUGAACCUGUAGAUAAGGAACCUAUG